AUGAGUCUCCGCGACCUGGUCGAGGGUGAGGCCAUGCUGGAUGAUGAGGAGAAUGACGAGGAGGUCUCCGGAGACUAUGAUGAGGAUCGCCGAGAUGGACCGAGCAAUGAACGCCACUAUGAUGACUCGAGCGAAGAGGACGAAGAUGAAGACGACGAUGAAGAUGCUGCGCGCGCCGUCCGCGAAGGCUUUAUCGUCGACGAGGAUGAAGAGAUCGAAGAGCGCACCAGGCGCAGGUCAGAGAAGAAACGGCCACGUGCUCGCGAAGAGGAACAUCUCGAUGAGGAAGAUCUGGAACUGAUUGGCGAGCAUGUCCCGGGCCUGAGCCGGGGCACAACAUCUGAUCAGUCCAAAUUCAAGCGUCUCAAGCGUGGUCGAGAUCGUGAUAACCGCGGACCGUCCCAAGGUAUCGAUGACAUGUUCAAUUCCGACGAGGAGGAGGAAGCGGCACCCCAAUAUAGCCGACCCAGCCACCGCGGUGGUCGCCGGCACGAUGAGAUGGAUGACUUCAUUGAGGAGGACACAUUUUCCGACGAGGAGGCUCAGCGUGAGCGCGACGAUCUUGAAGUUGCAGCCCCCGUCCGAGCCACCGUUCCGGGCCUCGGAGCCACCGAGGCAGCGGGUCUGGAUGAGAAUGCGGUGGAAGAUCUGCGCGCGGCCUUCGGUGAUGGCGAGGACUACAGAUUUGCUUUGGACAUCGAAGAGCAAGAAGAUGAAGAGAAGCAUGACGAGGACCGCCAUCUCGAUUUGAAGGACAUCUUCGAGCCGUCCCAGUUGGCGGAGAAGAUGUUGACUGAGGACGACAACCAGAUUCGCCUUCGUGAUGAGCCCGAACGCCACCAGAUUGCUCGCGAACCGUAUCGCCAUGUGACAUUGACAGAGGACCAGUUCCGUGAGGAGGCCUUGUGGAUCUCCCAACUAAUGUUGCUCAAGAAGCGCAUCGAGCCGGAGUUGCGUGAGCCGUUCCAGCGGUCAGUGGCCAAGAUGCUCGAGUUCCUGAUCACAGAUGAUUACGAAGUUCCUUUCAUUUUCCAGCAUCGCAAGGACUACAUGAUCCAUGCGGUCAAGGAGCCGCUCAAUGGGGCCAAUCCGGACGACGAGUCUGCACAGUACAACAUCCGUGCGGAGAAACUCCUGAACAUGACCGAUUUGUGGGACAUCUUCGAAUACGACCUCAAGUUCCGUGCAUUGGUCGACAAGCGCAACACCAUUCAGAAGUCUUACGACAGUCUGCAAAACCUGUUCAACGUUAAUGACACCAUUGUGGAGGACCUAUUGACCGCGGCAACAUCCAUGGAGGAGCUUCAGGAUGUGCAAGACUACAUUCACUUCCAAUAUGCUUCUCAACUUCGUGAUCUUUCUUCCGUCAACGGCGAGGCCAACGGAGAAACCCAGCGACGCAAGGCCACCAGCAAAACUUUCUUCGAACGAGUGCGGAAUGGAAAGGCAUAUAACCUAGUUCGUGCUUUCGGUCUCACUGCCGAUGCAUUUGCCCAAAAUGCGUCCAAGGAGGGCCGCCGACAAUACACCGAGGACCCCAGUGAGCGACCAGAAGAGCUGGCUGAUCAGUUUGUGGAUACCGACUUCUCCAACGCCGAUCAGGUUCUCAAGGCUGCCAAGUCUAUGUUUGCCGAGGAACUCGUGGUGAGCCCCAAGAUGCGCAAGGUCAUCCGCCAGGCAUACUACAUGAAUGGUGUUGUCGACUGUUUCCGCACUGAAAAGGGUUUGCGCCGAAUCGACGAGCAACACCCAUACUACGAAUUCAAAUACUUGCGGAACCAGCAACUCAGCGACAUCGCUCGACGCCCUGAGAUGUUCCUACGAAUGCUCAAGGCUGAAGAAGAAAACCUCGUGGAAGUGAAGGUUCGCUUCGAGAACUUUGACCAGUUCAAACAACGCAUGUACGCCGAUAUCGAGUCCGAUAACUACUCCGAAGUUGCGGAUUCAUGGAACCGUCUCCGUCGUGACGUGCUCGAUCUGGCACUGGGCAAAUUGGAGCGUUUGAUCAAUCGCAGUGUCAAGGAGAACAUUCGACAGGAGUGUGAGAACCAUGUAGCCAAGGAGUGCCGCGAUGCCUUCUCGCAGCGACUGGACCAGGCCCCUUACAAGCCAAAGGGAAUGGUUCUGGGCACAGUACCACGGGCUCUCACCCUGUCCAUUGGAACUGGCGUCAUCGGCCGAGACCCCAUUCACUGGGCCUACAUUGAAGAGGACGGUCGUGUUCUUGAGAAUGGAAAAUUCAUGGAUCUGUCCGUGGGAGAUCAAUCCCGUGGCAUCAAGGAUGGCGCGGACAUCCCUGCUCUCUUGGAUUUGAUCGACCGCCGCAAGCCUGAUGUUAUCGGUGUCUCCGGUAUGACACCGGAAACUCGGCGUCUUUACAAGACUCUGACCGAUUUCGUUGACUUGAAGGAUGUUCGUGGAGCCCCCUACACCGAUGAUCGCGACGAAGAAGUAAGCGAUCGCCUUGAGACGGUCAUUGUCAACGAUGAGGUCGCUCGUUUGUACCACAACAGUCUUCGCGCCAUGAAUGACAACCCCGGCUUCGGGCCUUUGACCCAUUACUGUGUGGCUCUUGGUCGGUAUCUGCAGAGCCCUCUCAAGGAGUAUGCCUCCUUGGGCCGCGACAUUGUCUCUAUCCAAUUCAAGCCUGGUCAGCAGCUGGUAUCUCAGGAGCUGCUGAUCAGACAGCUCGAGACUGCUUUGGUCGACAUGGUCAACUUGGUCGGCGUGGAUCUAAAUGACGCCGUCAAUGAUCCCUUGACCGCGAACCUUGUUCCCUACGUCUGUGGUCUUGGUCAGCGAAAGGCUGCGCAUCUGCUGAAGAUUGUUAACAUGAACGGGGGCGUUGUCAACAACCGUCAGGAGCUGUUGGGUUUCAACGUACAGUACCCCGCCAUGUCCCCUCAAGUAUGGAGCAACUGCGCCAGUUUCCUCUUCCUUGAUUUCGAGAGUGUGGAUCCGGAUGCGGAUCCGCUGGACAACACCCGUGUGCAUCCUGAAGACUACGAUAUCGCCCGCAAGAUGGCCGCUGAUGCUCUCGAGCUCGAUGAGGAGGAUAUCAAGGCCGAGACCGAUGAAAAUGGCGCCGGUGCCAUUGUGCGCAAACUAUUCCGUGAGGACCAACAAGACCGUGUCAACGAUUUGAUCCUGGAAGAGUAUGCCGAGCAGCUGGAGAAGAACCUCAACCAGCGCAAGCGUGCCACCCUCGAGACGAUCCGUGCGGAAUUGCAACAGCCUUACGAGGAGCUUCGCAAGCAAUUCGUCUUCCUGAGCACCGACGAUGUCUUUACCAUGCUAACUGGCGAGACGCCGGAGUCUCUCAAGGCCGGUAUGGUGGUCCCAAUUGCACUUAAGCGGGUAUUUGAGGACCAUAUCGAUGCGAAGCUGGACUGUGGAAUCGAUGCGCUGGUCGCAGAGACCGAACUCGGAUUGCCCUAUGACCUUCAGGUACGAAAUGUCUACACGCCACACCAGACGGUGCCCGCCAAGAUUAUGUUCCUGAACCGCAAGGGUUUCACUUGCAAUGUGUCUCUGCGCGAGGACCAGGUCAGCAAUCCCGUUCGCAACGUCCCUGAUCAUGGCUUCGGGGAUUGGGAUGAAGUGCAGGAGCGCAAGGACCGAGAGUCCAUGCAAGAGAAGGAGCAGCAGGGUGGUCAGGCCAUGCGUGUGAUCAAGCACCCACUCUUCAAGCCUUUCAACUCCACCCAGGCGGAGGAGUAUUUGGGUUCUCGCAGCCGUGGUGAUGUGGUCAUCCGUCCUUCGUCCCGUGGUCACGAUCACUUGGCAGUUACCUGGAAGGUGGCACACGGUGUGUAUCAGCAUAUCGAUGUGCUUGAGCUGGACAAGGACAACGAGUUCUCCGUCGGUCGUGUGUUGCGCGUGGGUGGCAAGUACAGCUACAGUGAUCUUGACGAUCUCAUUGUCAACCACGUCAAGGCGAUGGCCAAGAAGGUGGAUGAGAUGAUGCUGAACGAGAAGUACAAGGAGGUCAGCAAGGCCGAGACUGACCAAUGGCUCGAGACUUAUACCAAGGCCAACCCUCGUCGCUCGGCUUAUGCGUUCUGUAUCAACCCCAAAUACCCCGGUUAUUUCUUCCUUUGCUUCAAGGCGGGCGAACACUCGCGUCUCCAGAACUGGCCCGUCAAGGUGAUCCCCCAGGGCUACGAGUUGCAGAAGAACCCUUACCCAGACAUGCAGGCUCUCUGCAAUGGGUUCAAGUUAAUGUUCGGCAACAUGCAACGCAACCGGAGGUAA